UCUCGGCCCCGUCCCCCUUCCUCUCUUUUUUAUCUCAUGACUGCCCAAAUAGAAUCCAUAUUACCAAAAGAAAGGAAUGCAUGAAUUUCAACAUGCACAAAGUUGCACAAAGCUGUACAAGAUGAAAAAAAAAAGGUUCAUGAAACAAUGACGAACCUCUUUUUCCUCUUUCUCUCUUUCUCUUACUUUUUAUUUUUUGAUCCCCUUAUAAGGUCUUACGUCUUGAAGGCGAUAGAGGCAAGAGUAAAAGGAGACAUGAGCACGGCAGCCACGAAAUUAGUCGAAAGUAAAGAGUCAGCAACAACCACAUCACUGUCUACAUCAAGAAUAAUACCUAUCAUAAGAUUUCCUAAAAAUGAUAAUAGUAGUAGUAAUAGUAGUAGUAACUAUCACAACAGCAGUAAGGAAUUAAAGCCGUCUUGGGUUUCGCAAUGCUUAUCGUUGCUCUCUGCCACCACUGCUUCUACGAAAUCAAAUUUACCGUGGAAAAAAGACAGUUCGAAUCACAGCAAUAAAACGACAAAAAAACCAACAACAAAGACAACCGUCAUCGCAUUAGAGCAACAAUUACAACAACAACAACAGCAACAUCAAGAGCAGCAGCAGCAGCAGCAACAACAACAGCAGCAGCAGCAACAAAAGCAACAUCCAGCAAAUCCGCAUAUCGCUAUUUUCAGAGCAAGGAGUAAUAGUAGCUGCAAUGCAUCCAUCACCACGAUAGACACUGCUACAAAUACAUCUUCAACCAAAGCCGCAGCCAUUGCAGCCACAAAGAAGAGUAUUCAGCAGCAGAGUAAAAGAUGGAAGAAAAAGCUCUUGAUGAAUAGGCAUAGUGACAGUAGCAAUUCUAUAAGUGAACGAAGAAGAGGAUCUGAACAAACCAUGGCUUCCACAACCAACAGCAUCACCAGUUGUCAUACGUGUUGUGGUUGCACCUGUUGUUGUUGUGGUUGUUGUGGUUGUUGCAACUGCAGUAGCAGCAACAACAGCCACCAGAACGCUUGCGGUUAUUGCCCGCCUCCCUCUUCAGCCGCCUCGUCCAUGAUCGCCAGCCAUCCUCACAAUAGCAAGCUCUUAAUGAAUGACACUCGUCAUCACCUACGGCUCUUGGCUCCCAAGACAUUAUUCCUUAAAAAACGCCGCCACGCUCCUCAUCCUACCCAACAUUAUUAUCAUCAUUAUCAUCAUCAUCAUCAUCAUCAUGAAUUACUCACAGUAGGAGAAACGGGAGGCAUGCUAGGAGCAGGAGCAGUUACAGGAGCAGCCAAAAGGCAUUCUGUAAGUUCUUAUUUAUCUUCUUCGCAUACAGCGACACCACCUUUGGCUACCUCACGACCCAGCUCCGUCAUGAUGCCAUCCUUGGAAUACUCCCCACAUUUUACGCCAUUGAGAGACGAUGUAGCUCUGCCUACGCUACUAUCACAAGCACCUACACCUGCAUCUGCACCUGCACCUGCACCCACUUCUUCUCUGCUGCAACCGACCGUCAGUGGCAGUUGCAGUGGUAGCAUCUGCUACAAUAGAGCCGAACAACAAGAAAUACAGCCUCCUUAUGUGCAAGAAGAAGAAGAACGUUGGAUUAUGAAACAUGAACUUGUUAAACUUGCUAUCGACGGGUAAGAAAGAAAGAAAGAAAGGGUUGAUAAGGAUGCCUAUCUUUUCUCUUGUGCACUCACUUUUGAAAAAAAAAACCAAAAAACAAAUGCUAUUACCCAUGGGGAUGUAGGUUCUUUUCUGUUCCUGAAAAAGUGACAUUAAGCCCGAAAGAAGAAAAACAUAUUUUACAGUUAGGGUAAGAGAAUAAAGAGACCUAUCGCUCUUCUCUCG